AUGUCGCCUCAUCGAUGUCGUAAGAACCAGAACACACAUCACCAUGAAGAUGGUAAUGAAAGGAAUCCACCUCCGCAAUUCUAUGAAGCCUUGAUCCAAUUCAUGGCUGACACCUCCAGAGCUCAACUGAGAGCUAUCGAAUUCCAGAAUUUAGUCCAGGGCGACAUGAUGGUGGAACAAUACUCCGCCAGAUUCAUAGAACUUGCUAGGUUCGCCGCUAACUUAAUCCCGGACAAGGAAUCAAAAGCUAAAUGCUUCGAGAACGGUCUCAACCCCCGGAUCAAGGAAAGGGUUAUGUGCCACGAGAUCAAGGACUAUGCUAGGUUGGUUGAAGUAGCCUCUCUUGCGGAAAGAGGAAUGCAUGAAAAAGACACAGCCAAUAAACUGAAGAGGCUAGCGAUAGAGGAAGAAUCCAAGUUAACCAUCGGUAAGGGUUAUCCACUGGAACUAGGAAAACAUGAACCUCCUUGUAUCAAUUGUGGGAGAAUACAUGUAGGGGAAUGUAAGGUGAUCGGCCCAACUUGCUUCAAGUGUGGUAAGUUUGGUCAUUUCCGGAAGCAAUGCUCUACAAGAUCCUAG